ACACGCGAUCAUACUAGAGGGUAUGAUCGCCAGUCACAUACUAGCAUGAACAAAGAGUGAGAUGUAGUGCAGGGGUGUAUUGGAUUUACUGGAACUCUCCUGUUUGUGAACAGAUGUGGCUUUAACACUAGGGGGCUGAUUCAGGGGAUUACCAGAGCUCAGAGAGAGACUGUGUGGGGGGUACCAUACAAAAGAGGGGAACAGUGGACAGCAAAGGUAAACAAGGCCUUUAAUCAAUCAGCGGAUGUUUGAAAGCAGGGAAGAGUCUAGAAAAAGCAGGAGGUGAAUGGAGGCAGCCAGCUCAUAUAGGAGGUUAUAAGUAGAGGAGCUAACUGUGCCAGGAAUACGGAGCAGACUUCAACCGUUGCGUGAGCCCAGUCCAAUCCCAUUUGCCAGACCUCUCCUCCUAUUUCUUCUCAUCCACUGCCCUCCUUCUUGCCUCUGCCUGAUCACUCCCUUUCCUCUCCGGAGCAAUGCAUCCCCAGCGCCCUCUUCCCCAAGCCAUGCCCUCCGCCUCUCUGGGACAGCAACUGCGGGACAUGGCCAUGGGGCUGGGACGAGGCAAGAACUUCCUGGGAGGAAACUUUGCCUAUAGUUUCAUCCAGUCUGUUAAGGAAUGCCUCUAUUUCCUCCUCUGCUGCUGGUGCAUCAAAGAGAUCCUGGACUGACAGAUUGAGAGAGAAUAGCUCAAGUGGUCAAACAUUGAUUUCCCUGUUUCUCCACUGGCUCCUAUAGUGUAAUUUCAACCAGCUUUUAUUUCAUCAGAAAUGGAGUGUUUGAUCAGCGGUGCUGGCAAAGCAAUGGCAAGUAUGAGUCUUGUCUCAUAUGAAAACAAUCUACCACUUCAGGACAUAGUGAAUUAAAAUCUCUCUAGUGUACUGUAUAUAACGCAAGUACUUAUUAAAAAAGAGGGACUCAGUUUUAGGAAGUAGCAAUUUAAUCAAGGAAUAGGUUUAGGAAAUCAUAAAACUGUUUAAUGCACUUACACACACAUAUUUUUUUUUAUUUCUGUUUUUCAGAGUCUAUAUGAUGCUCCCCUUCAGGAAACACACUUAUGCAUUUCCAGAUGCUACAAAUGUUCAUUGUGGUAUUGGUUCAGAGUUUCCUGAAUUCAACCCUGCUGAUCUGAGCUCUUGAGGAAUGGCACCCCUGAUGUUCACUGUACAAGACAAACUGGUGUGGCAAUGAAUAAAGGA